AUGUCUCUCCCGUCCAAUGUCCACGUCUCCAAGCAUCCGUGCUUGUUGGCGAAGCUGAGCCAAUUACGCUCCAAGAGCACCAGUGCCAAAGAAACCAAGUCAUUGAUUCAUGAGAUCGCUUUCAUUGUUGGCUGCGAGGCGUUAGCUUCCGCCGUAGAGGUCUCUCCGGGGCCAAAGGAUGAAACGCCUCUCGGCUUCGAGUACACAACCAGCGUCAUCUCUCCGCAGACCAUCUCCCUCGUGCCAAUCCUGCGAUCCGGUCUGGGCAUGGUAGAAGCGCUUCAAACUGACCACCAGCAUCAACCAGCCAUCCAAACCCUCCUCCCCGACCCCGUCCCAGUGCACCACCUCGGCCUGUACCGCGAGCCCUCCACCCUCGAGCCCGUCGAGUACUACAACAACCUGCCCAACCACGUCUCCUCCUCCGGCGGCGAGGGCAGCCCCUCCAGCCUGGCCGUCAUCCUCGACCCCGUCAUCGCCACCGGCGGCACCUGCGCCGCCGCCAUCCAGACCCUGCGCGAGUGGGGCGCCCAGCGCGUCCUCGUGCUCGCCAUCACCGCCGCCCUCCCCGGCGUCACGCGCGCCGCCGAGGAGUGGCCCGAGGGCGUCGAGAUCUGGGUCGCUGGCGUGGAUGGCGAGCUGACGGAUCGCGGGAUGCUCAAGCCGGGCUUGGGCGAUGUCGGUGAUCGGCUGUUUUUGACUAUUGGGAAGUAG